GCCGCAUCCAUCCAGUGUGAUUGGCUCCUCAGCUCAGUUCUGCUGGGAGUCGCAUCCUACCUGCUUCGGAGGUGUACUGCCUAUCCACACUCCUUGUACUCACUGUGCUGCUGCUGCUGAGGCGUGAGGCAAACUCUGUGCUUGUGGACUGAGCUAGUGGAGGAAGGAUCAUAAAAGCGAAAUGAUGGGUUCUGGGAAAGCCUUCUUCUUCUCUCCCUCCCUCCUGUGGAGUCAAACUAGAGGAGUGAGGUUGAUAUUCUUGUUACUAACCCUGCAUCUGGGAAACUGCGUCGAUAAGGCAGAUGAUGAAGAAGAUGAAGAUUUAACUAUGAAUAAAACAUGGGUCUUGGCACCAAAAAUUCAUGAAGGAGAUAUCACACAAAUUCUCAACUCUUUGCUUCAAGGUUAUGAUAACAAACUUCGUCCAGACAUAGGCGUGAGACCCACAGUAAUUGAAACUGAUGUUUAUGUAAACAGCAUUGGACCUGUUGAUCCUAUAAACAUGGAGUACACAAUAGACAUAAUUUUUGCCCAAACCUGGUUUGACAGCCGUUUAAAGUUCAAUAGCACCAUGAAAGUGCUUAUGCUUAACAGCAAUAUGGUGGGAAAAAUUUGGAUUCCUGACACUUUCUUCAGGAACUCAAGAAAAUCUGAUGCACAUUGGAUAACCACGCCUAAUCGCCUACUGCGGAUUUGGAGUGAUGGAAGGGUUCUCUAUACUCUACGAUUGACAAUUAAUGCAGAAUGCUACCUUCAACUUCAUAAUUUUCCUAUGGAUGAACAUUCCUGUCCACUGGAAUUUUCAAGCUAUGGAUACCCUAAAAAUGAAAUUGAGUACAAGUGGAAAAAGCCCUCUGUGGAAGUAGCUGAUCCUAAGUACUGGAGAUUAUAUCAGUUUGCAUUUGUAGGGUUACGAAAUUCAACUGAAAUCUCUCACACAAUCUCAGGAGAUUAUAUUAUCAUGACUAUUUUUUUUGACCUGAGCAGACGAAUGGGCUAUUUCACGAUUCAGACAUACAUUCCUUGCAUUCUAACAGUGGUUCUUUCCUGGGUGUCUUUUUGGAUCAAUAAAGACGCAGUACCUGCUAGAACAUCCCUGGGUAUCACUACGGUUUUGACUAUGACAACCCUCAGUACAAUUGCUAGAAAAUCUUUACCUAAGGUUUCUUAUGUGACGGCAAUGGAUCUCUUUGUCUCUGUGUGCUUCAUUUUUGUGUUUGCAGCACUCAUGGAGUAUGGAACCUUGCAUUAUUUUACUAGCAACAAUAAAGGAAAAACCACCAGAGACAGGAAGCUGAAAAACAAGACUUCAGUGUCCCCAGGGCUCCAUGCUGGAUCUACUCUGAUCCCCAUGAACAGCAUUUCUUUGCCUCAAGGGGAAGAUGAUUAUGGUUAUCAGUGUUUGGAGGGCAAAGACUGUGCCAGCUUUUUCUGCUGCUUCGAAGACUGCAGAACUGGAUCCUGGAGAGAAGGGCGAAUACACAUACGCAUUGCCAAAAUUGAUUCCUACUCAAGAAUCUUUUUCCCAACAGCUUUCGCCUUGUUCAAUCUUGUUUACUGGGUUGGAUAUCUAUACUUAUAAGUUCUGCCAAUAGAUUAAAAAAAAUCACAAAAGUCUGGCUUAGUCCAAUAUAAUCAGUUUUAUUUCAUAACAUGAAUUUUAAAUUUAAAAUGAAAGUCCACUAGCUAAAAUCUGAAUGGUAUUGUUAUUCUAUUAGGGCUUUCAUAAAUGAAUAAGGCAGAAUUAUUCAGGUUAAUCUAUCUAAAUAAACAAAAUUGAUUGUCCAAUAUAACACAUUUAAACCAUAAACUUAUAUUUUUACUUUAUUUUUUUUAAGUUUCUUGUAUACAACUAAUAUUGGACUUAAUACUUAUGUGAGAAAUAUUUUGAAUAUGAAAUAAUUUUAACACAUAUUUUAUUUAAAUGUAUCUUUUGCUUAUAAUGAAAGACUACUGCCUAAUAUUAAAGUAUUCUUUGGCUA